AUGGUGUUGGAUGGCCGGUGGUGUUCGAAAAUGCCUCGGAAAGAUACAAGUCCGGAUGACGACUCGAGUAACGAAUCAACAUCGGCUGAUCCGCUCGACUUUGCUACGCUGUUGACGGCUUUUAUCAGCAAUGGCAAUAAUUCAUUGUUGAAUGGAAAUGGUGUCGAUGGUGAAAAGAAGAGACCUAGGAAACGAAAUACAUCGUCAAGUGAUGGUGUCGUAGCUAAACGUAGAAACGGAGGGCAGACGAAUAAUCAUGCUGAGAUCAAAGAUGAGCUGAAUAUGUUCGAUCCGUUGAUGUUUUUCGAUAACGUCGAAGAUGUAGGAAAUGUUAGCGGUUUAGUCGAUAGUAAAGCCAAGAAUAAAGUCACUUGCGUGGUAUGUAAAAUAGAAGUAUGUAAUACUGCUCGGCAACGGCAUGUUUUCAUGGUGCACGUAAAGAAGGAGGAUAUGUACCAAUGUCCCGAAUGUGAUUACUUGAAUUCAAACUCUGUUUGGGAAGCAAAGAAGCAUUGCACCAGUCAACAUGGCCGAGGUGUCGAACCGAUCAGUAAUGAGGAAAAGCACAAAACCCUUAUACUGAUGUGGAAUAAACGAUGCUUCCCUGAUUGGAAGCAGAAACGACCGCAGUGGUGGUCAUCUGAUGAGAAUUCAACGACCCAUUACAACAAUUCACAAUCGACCAAGGAAAACAAGGACACUAAAAUGAUGGACAACGAUGAAGUGACGGCGAUGAUCAGGGAAGCUAUACUAUGUCGAGAACCUGGUGAUUCAAUAAUUCGGGAUGAGGAUAGAGACGAUUCUGAACCGAGGACACCGGCACCAGAUGGCCUUCAUGUGGACGACCGAACAUGUCAUCUGUGUUGGGAAGAGAGCAGGUAUCCUGGGCGGCACAUAGCUCAGAAACAUCUCAAGAAACCGUUAUACGAAUGUCCUAUAUGUGAAGGUUUCGGCAGCUAUGAAGGAUGUACGGUAAUGAAACACAUUCACAAAGUGCAUCCUGAAUGCCCUGACGCGCAACCGCUUAGCAAUCUAGAACGGUAUGCUGACGAAAUACGGGAUCUGCAGAACCGAUGUUUCCCUAAUCGUCCAAUGAAGCUCGUCCGGCCGAAAGAGAGCACUCGUCCGAGGGAACGGCAUCAUUGUAAAAUAUGUGGUACACAGGUAGCGCAAUCUGACCGUCAGCGACAUGUGUAUCAUAGGCAUCUACAGCGUACACGAAUUUUUGAAUGUCCGCUGUGUAAUUUUGCGUCAAACUACGAUGUUCACAGGGUUAAAUGGCAUAUCAAGUGGAUGCAUAAGGAUGACAAAGAACUGGAGCCCAUUUCUCACGAAAAUGAGUACAGGAAAGAAAUUGAUCAUCUUAACGAAGAAUGUUUCCCUGGAUGGCAGCAUCGUCGGAAACCGUUCUGGUGGUUAGAAAAUGAUGACAAAAAGUCCGAGGUAAGAGGUUACUCGAUGUUUAGAAAUGAAAGCUGCUUAUUUGCUGUGAAAGCAAAGAGUAAUGUGUAUCCUAUGAAACAUGACGACUUGGAGAUAGAUGUUGAUAGUAUCGAAAAUACGUCGGAUUGCGCAAAAGCGAGCACCCCGAGUUCAACUGGGAAUGAAGAGGAUGACUCAGUCUACGAUGAUUCUUUGGAUAAUCAAAACAAGGAUCACGUUGGCCAACCAAUGAAGCGUGUCAGCGAGUGGACUUGUCGGAUGUGCCUGAAAGAAUUCAAACCGACCUCGAAUUUCCUCCGGCAUGUCGCGAAGGAUCAUCUUGACAUGCCACUGUUCCAAUGUGCAGAGUGUGAAUGGGGUGCAGCAGAUGCCUAUGAGGUCAAAGCGCAUAUGGUCAAGACGCACAACAAUGCAGAUUCGGAUCCGAUUUCAAACCUGGAACUUAAUCCAGAUCAUGUUCAGCAGCGAUUUUCCGAGUGCUUUCCAUCAAGGAAAAUGAAGGUCCCAGGCACUUUUGACAAGCGAAAAGAGUCGACGAUGAUCAACGAUGAGACCAAGGUCACAUGUCAGGAGUGCUAUCAAGAGAUGAAAACUGAAGAUCGACAGAUCCACGUGUAUCGACAUCAUCUCAAGGAGCCCCGUCUUUAUGAAUGCCCGCUGUGCGAUUUCUCUCAUCAUGCCUGUUCUAGCGAUGUACGGGCUCAUAUCAAGUUUACGCAUCGUGACAAUGCAGAUGUCAUGCCAAGAGCGAAUUUGCUGCAGUACUCGCAACAAAUUGCUGAGUGGAAUGACCGCUGCUUCCCAGGCUGGAUCAAUCGGAAAUUACCAGCUAGCGUCAUGGAGGACUUCAAUAGAUGUCGUCUUUGUGACGAAGACGUAAGGCAGACAUCAAGGCACAUUGCCGAAGCGCAUUUGAUGAUUCAGCUGCAUCAAUGUCCAUUGUGUGAAUACGGUGCCCCAGAAUCUCGUCUUGUUAAACGACAUCUUCGGAAUAAUCACGAUGAAUCGGUUGCUUGUUCAAAAGUUGGUUUUCAAGAUGAUGGACGACGAACGAAAUGCCGAUUGUGUUUGUCAACGAUAAGCCGUAAACGACGCCUGACGCACACUUUAGAAAGGCACAUGAGCAUGCCAUCAUAUGGGUGCUCUGCAUGCCAGUUCACGCACAAUUUUGACGAGUCGGCUGUGGCAAAUCAUAUAAAGCUGACUCAUGCGAAGCGAGCAAAUACCAAGGUACUUUGCCUAUUAUCACAAUUCGAAACGGAACUUCGUGAACGUGGCCAGCAAUGCUUUCCAGACUGGGUGAUAGAGUCGAGUUACUUUGAAUAG